AAAUAUUAUUUUUUUCCAUGGUUUUAAAAUGGAUAGAAAUAUGAGACUUCAAGUUUCAGAUGAAGAGCGUAUGUUACGAAAUAAAGAAAAGCACAAGCGAAAAUGUGAAGAGGUGAAAAAUUUAAAAAUUGAUAUCAUGGAAAAUAGUUUAUUGGAAGCAAUUAAGUCUGGCAAUAUGGGAUGUCAUUCAGAGUUGACCAUCAUACCUAUAUCACAAAGUUCAAAAUCCAACAGUCAGUAUGCAGUUUCUUCUACUUCUCCACAGAGUACAGUAUCAUUAUCAUUAGUACCAAAUACUAGUAGUGGUAAAUCAAAAAACAAACAUUCAUUACCAUCAAAUGCACAAGGAGGUGCACCUCGCAAACGUGGAAAAACUAGUAUGCCUCAAUUAAACCACAUGGUCAAUGAUAUGAACAAUUACAAUCCACUCUUAGACCUGACAAUGAAUCGUAAACAUCAUAAUUAUCCUAACUAUAGUGCUCAAUACGAACAACAAUGGCCAUUUAAUUUGCCGUUUAACUAUCCUGAACUGUUAAUGAAUUUUAGACAAGUUGAUAAAAGAAAAUCAUAUCCAUAUGAACAACCUAAAGAAAAGACUGCAGUAAAUUACAACAAAGAAAACACACAAAACAAAACAAAACAUUAUAAACACGAACAUAUGCCUCCACCUUCUACUACUACAGACCGAAUAUCUGGUCAAAUAGAAAAUGUUGAAAAAACAUUUGAUAUUGAUUCUUUAAGUAGUGAAGAUGGCUGGGCUAAAUAUAGAGAAUUAUUGACGGUGAUUGAAGAAAUGUCGGGGUCGAUCCGACCAAUAUAUACAGGUUGUAAGAACUCUACUGAAAGGUUGAAAAAAUCAAUUCAUAAAGCUAAAGCAUUAGUAAGUGAAUGUUUAAAGGAAGUUGAAAAAGUAUCUAGACAACUUUAGUAUCAUAAAUUUUAUAGAGAAAUAUUAUAAUUAAUAAUCAAAUAAUUCAAAACAAUUAUUGAUUUUUUUCUUUUCAUUUGAAGACAGUAGCAAUUAAACUAAUUAUUGACAAAAUCACUAUAAUAGAUCAAAUAAAUUAUACCUAACACAUAUAUUUUUAGUAUCAAUGGUUAUAGAUAACAAAAUAUAAAUAAGUAUGAUAUAAAUUAUUUUAAUAUUUAUAUAAGAAAAAUUGUUUUUACUUUUUAGGGGAUUUAGUUUACUAUUUUUCAAACUAAAAUUAUCGUAUUUUCUUUUAAUGUAUUUAGAACAUAUUAUUAGGUAUGUAACAAUAUUUUUACAACAAUUAGAAUUUCAAAGUUUACCGAUAUAUCAAAUGUGAAUUUGCACAUAAAAUGUAUGUAAACAACAAUUUUAUUUAACAAGAUCUAAUUAAUUUAAUGACUGACAGUAGUAUAAUUAAAGAGUAGUAUUACUAAUAUUUUUCAUAUGUAUAAAAAAAAAGUUUUUAAACAUAAUGGUAACUAAGUGAUAAUGGUAUUUUCUGAGGCCUUUAAAUUUAAAAUUGCAUUUUUAUUCUAUCAGGGUAUCUGUUCAAUUUCAUUAUUUUUGUUAGACUAUUUAUGCUUAAGAAUCAAAUGUUAUACAAAUAUUUUUUAAGAUUUUAGUUAUUACAUUAUUUGUAUUAUUAUUUUUUAAUUUUUAUGCAUA